AUGAACCCAUUGUUUAGAAAAGCUCAAGCUGUUUUAUCACAAUCACUCGUAUUGGACCCUGCAGCUUCAAUAUGUCGGGUCUCGCCACUGUUUCAACUCCCUGUUUGGGGUGUUUGGCAGCAGAGCAGGUCGUACAGGGGAAUGCCAACUCACGGAAUCGGGAGGUGGAAACAUCUCUUGCCCAGAGAAGCUCCUAAGAAGAAAAAGGACAAAGUGCAGAUGAAGCAGAUCGUCACGGCAACACCGACAUCCUUCGGGACGCUGAACCUGUGUGUGUCUGGAUACGACAUGACGGUGGUGGAACAUUUCUCUCAGUACAUCCACAACCUGUGCAACCGGCUUCACGUCGACGUCUCCGAGAGUUACGCGCUGCCGACAAAAACCACGGAGGUUUUCCUGAUGCAGGACCAGGGCACGAAGAUGCUCGUGGACGCGGUUUUAAAGACGCAUGAGCGAGUCGUGCAGGUGAGCAGUUUAAACGCUGUUGUGUGUCCAGUUUUUCUCGACGUUCUUCUUAAAAACCAGCCGGAGGGAGUUCAUCUCACCGUCAAAGAGCACACGGAGGCGGACUUCCAGGCACGGUUCAAAUCCCGCCCGGAGCUCGAGGGGCUGAUGGCUCAGAUGCGGCACUGA